GGGCGGGCGGGCGGCCAUGCAGCUCUACAGCCUGCUCUUCCCCCCCUACCCCGCGGGGGGAUCCGCCGCCAAGGUCUCGCUGCAGCCGCCGAGCCCCCCGCAGCCGGGCCGCGGGGCCUGCCCCCCGACAACACCGCCGCCGCCGGCCGCCGAGGCCCGGGAAACCAGCAGCAGGGCCCGCCCCGCGCCCAGCGGCCUGCACCCCAGCAGCAGCAGCAGCAGCAGCAGCGCCGCAGUCAUGCCCGCCUUCGCCUCCUGCUUCGAGGCCGGGCCCGGGGGUUCCUGCCGGCCUCCUCCUCCUCCUCCUCACUACAAGUCCACGGCUCACAUCACCGUGCGGGCCCUGGCCGGUCCCCCGAGCCCCCCGAGCCCCCCGGCCCGGCUGCCGGAGGACCUGCCGCCGCCGUCGCCGCCGCCGGCCUUGGCCGAGCCCCCGGAGGCCCGGGGCGGCCCGCGGGCGGACGGGACCCACGGAGACCUCCGCCUGGCCGAGCACCGCCAGCCCCGGCCCCCGGGGCGGGACCGGCAGCAGGGGCAGCCCCCGGCCCCUUCGCCCUCGCCGCCCCCCCGGGACGAGAGGCUGGCCCGGCACCUGGCCGAGGUGGACAAGCAGGACCGGUACCUGCGGCAGAGGAGCAAGUUCCGCUUCCACAUCAUCCCCGACGGCAACUGCCUCUACCGCGCCGUCAGCAGGGCCGUCCACGGGGACCAGAGCCUCCACCGCGACCUCCGGGAGCGGACCGUCCACUACAUCGCCGACCACCUGGACCGGUUCGGCCCCCUGAUCGAGGGCGACGUGGGCGAGUUCCUCGUCGCCGCCGCCCAGGACGGGGCGUGGGCCGGCUACCCGGAGCUGCUGGCCAUGGGGCAGAUGCUGGACGUGAACAUCCUGCUGACGACCGGCGGCCGGGCGGAGAGCCCCACGGUGGCCACCAUGAGCCACUACCUGGGCCCGGACGACGGCCGCAGGCCGAGCAUCUGGCUCAGCUGGCUCAGCAACGGCCACUACGACGCCGUCUUCGACCGCUGCCACCCCAACCCCGAGUACGACAGCUGGUGCAGGCAGACCCAGGUGCAGAGGAAACGGGACGAGGAGCUGGCCAAGUCCAUGGCCGUCUCCCUCUCCAAAAUGUACAUCGAGCAAAACACCUGCUCCUGAGGCCUCGGCUCGCCACUCGGGGGGGGGGAGACCCAGCCCCACCCGGGAUGGGGCGGCCUGGGGGUCGUCGUCGCUGUCGGAACUCGGCACUCACCUCUGCUCGGGGUGAAGGCCCCCGGAAACUUCCCCGUAGGUUGACCGGAGGGGUUUUGGCCUUAAUGAUUUUUGUGUCCAUGUCUCUCGCGGCCCGGAGGUUGCCCCACGCCCAUAGACGGUGCCUGGGGGUCAAAGCGCACCCCGGGCUGCUCGUCCUGCGUCGGAGGAGCCCGGCGAAAACCGCGUCCUUAGCCGGACGAUUCCUCAUCGUGGGGGCGGGGGGGGGGGUUCUUCCACUCGUUUCCUCUAUUUAAAAAAAUGUAUUUUUUGCACAGUAUUUUUCUUAAACUGCCCUACCGUACCGCCGUCUCCGACGCGUCUCCUUCGGCCAGCCGCUUUCGGACCUUUAAGCCAGAAAAGCGCUUUGUAAAGGAGCGUUAUUCUGUACGGUCGGUGAUGCUAACUCGAAUUUUUUUUUAAAUCCUCUUCGUAAUUAGCUAAUGAUUUCAGUACGGAGCCAGUGUCAUUCAUCAUCAUUAUUAUCCAUAAUUAUGGUAUUCGUUAAGUACUUCCUCUGUGCCAAGCACUGUUCUAAGCGCCGAAUGUUAGCGGAGAAUCAGACUAGUCCCAUAUUCAGAAAAAAGGGAAGAGACUUCUUAGUUGGAAGCUUUCUUUAUCUAGAAGAGCACUGCAUUUACCCCCCCCCCCCCAACAAAGAAAACUUCUUGUAGAAAUGGGGGAAAUUUUGCCCCCAGGACAGAACAAGUGUGUUAGGCUUUGGCCCCAACUCUGAUGUUUGUAAUGAGGAGUCUGUUCUUUUGAUGCUCUUGACUUUAAAGUGGGCCCUGGUGCUCACACUUUUAAAAUUUUCUUUCCAUUUGUUGAUAACUUUUAAUAGAAACUUUAUAACAGGGUCUCCUGCUGUCGAGGGCACAACUUUAUAACGAACAGAUCACCUGCUUUCAUAACAGCCUUGGGUUAACCUUGGGAUUGAAAAAGGACGAGUGUCUCCGAUUUACUUGGGUGGUUAUUAUUGUAUCGGGAGGAUGUUAUUUUUUAAACAUCGGUUCCUUUGAAAUUCCCCCCCGAGGGCAGAAUGGGAUUGCCAUGUUGUACGUAAAAAUGUAUCUGGCCGGAGCUUGCGUGGUUUGCUGGGUAAAAUGUUUUAUGUUUCCAAUCUGAAGGUGACUUUUUCCAAUUUUAAAAGCGUCUUGUCAUAUUUAUUAAAUAAUGCAGUUUGUACUUUUUUACUUGUAAUAUUUUUGUGGGUUUUUUGGCAUUUAUACAGUAUUUGUAUAGUAAGACAACUCUCAAUUACUGGAAUGAAUAAAAUGCAUCAUUUUAUUUGGCU